AUGGGUUGGGAAAAUGGUAGCGAUCAGGCAGCGGCAGCGGCUCUAGGGUUGCGAAAGGCAGCAAAACAGAAGGCGACGGUGGUCCUAGGCUUGCGGAGGUAUUAUAGCCACCAAUGGUUGAGAGAAGAUCUUACACGAGUUUCUCCUCAUCAAGAUAUUGAGAUCACUAAUGAGAGAGUUAAAUGCUUGAAGAGGUAUUUUCCUAAUGAAGAAGAAAGGAGAAAGGUAAACAUUGAAUUUGCAAACUUUUCUGAUGGUAGAGGUAUCUUUGAUGAUUAUGACUCUUUGAAUGAUAGAGGCAUAGUUGAUGCAAAGUCUUGGUGGCUAAUUCAUGGUAGUAAAGCAAAAUUUCUUCAACCAAUUGCUCUUAGGCUACUAGGGCAACCAUCUUCAUCUUCUUGUUGUGAAAGGAAUUGGAGCACAUAUUCUUUUAUCCAUUCCCUAAAAAGAAACAAGUUGAAGCCUAAACGUGCAGAAAAUUUAGUAUUUGUCCACACUAAUCUUCGUCUUCUUUCAAGAAAAACUCCACAAUAUAAUAAAGGAGAAACUAUGAUGUGGGAUAUUGCUGGAGAUGCUUUUUCACCAAUUGAUGAAGAAAAUGGUGUUCUUGAAGUUGCUCACCUUUCUCUUGAUGAACCGGAGUUAGAAAGAGUGACUUUUUCUAAUGAUGAAGAUAUCAACCAUAUAUGAUGGAGAAAUAAUGACUUUAGAUAACUUUUUUUUUUGUGUACAUGUGAUGUACAAAAUUCUUACUAUCUCUAUUAAGACAUAGGAGUUUAGAAUUUUAUCUUUUGAAUACCUAUACACUUUA